UUCAGCUCGUCCUCAGAGACGGUCUCCAUUUUCCAGCGAGCACAGGAACCAGGCAAGAACCCUAUUGAAGACCAACGAAUCGGCCUAAAGCCAGACAGCUUAUACAGCAGUACAGCACGCAGUCAGCCGACCAAACAACUCUUUAGUCAAGUUAUUUUCCGAAAGGAAAGCAAAUCUUAUCGUAUGUCCGCUAUCCAGAACCUCCAAACUUUUGACCCCUUUGCUGAUGCGAGUAAGGGUGAUGCCGUGGACCACGUCCACAUAAGAAUCCAACAACGGAACGGCAGGAAGUCCCUCACUACUGUCCAGGGCAUCUCGGACAAAUAUGACAAGAAGAAGCUAGUCAGGGCUUUUAAGAGGGAAUUUGCCUGUAAUGGGACUGUGAUUGAGCACCCAGAGUAUGGUGAAGUGAUCCAGCUACAGGGAGACCAGCGCAAGCAAAUUUGCGAUUUCCUGCACAGCCUUGGUAUGGUCCAACCAGAACAGGUCAAGGUCCACGGCUUCUAGUAACUGCCCUUCUACUCAGGCAUUUGGAAGGCCAUUUACUCCCCCUUUCUAUCCCUUCACCCCUCUCCCCAAACUCCCCACCUGUCCCCACCCCCACUGUUGGGCUUCCUCUUCCUCCUCCACGCAGCUCCUAUUAGCCUCCACGUGAAUUUACCUCUGACCAAAACCAUGAGACUCUAUAAAACCAACCUCCGACACCAGGGGGCUGGCUUACUCUCGCAAAGACAUGCCACUGCAGCUCCACACAACAUCAGGGAUGAGUGGUGAUGCCCCUCCCACACAACACCCCCUCCUUUUUUGUUAAUUUUCUUUUAAAUUUUUUUAGACCUUACUCAUGCCAUAAUAAAGGCACAGUUGUUUCAUGUAACUUUUGUUUUUGAACUUUGAGGUUUCAAUAAAAAUGAGUCUCCAUACAGUGGGAGUGGAGUGCUGUGUGUGGGGGGAGGGGCAAUUCUUGGUGUCUAGUCACAGCUGUGUAGAUAACAAAAGCCAGGGAUGGAAGCUGGUUACCAUUUCCAAAAUCCCACUAAGAACACCUGUGUGCUCAGAUGGGCUGGGUUGUUGAUUUUGUUUUGUUUUUCGGUGGAAGCAGACAAAGCUGCUAGGUCUCCCAUCUGAGCAAGUCUCACAAAUGGCUGCGAUGGAGUGUCACCGUUAUGUUUAAAUUUGGGAGGAGGAGGAGUAAGGGCUUCGGGAAUAAAGAUGAUUCUCAGAGUGUUUGUUAAACCUGUUGAUGUGCUCUUAACUAAUAAGUGGUUAUUUCUGAAAAAAUUAGUCUCAAUAUUAGGAAUACAAGUACUGGUAUCACAUCUGCUCUAGGUACAUGUAGUAAAACAUCAGCAUAGAAGGCAACUAUGUCACAGGUAGCAGUCUAGUGUUAAAUUAUAUCUGAGUGGGUUAGUAGUUGACAGUUUGAAGGAUUUCUUGCUUUAAAAAGUUGAGUAAACCUUUAGAUAAUUUGUAGAAAUCAAGAUUUUAGAACCAUGGUCAGGUCACUGCUCCUGUGAAUGAGAGAAAAUGUUCUGCAAAUUCCACAUUCAAUAAAAGUCUGCAGUUGA